AACGAACCCUUGCUUUUUUACUACUUUCCACACACCCCCUUUUGAACACCGAUAUUUUAUUCCUUUCCUUCAUUUUUUCAACAACACAGAAACCGCAUCAAAACACACCCCAAUAAUUGAAGUUUUCAAACCUCUUUCACACACAGAUUUCUAAUAACCCACUUUCAUCAACAAUUUUCACGGUUUUUUUUUUAUUGUUUCUGAAUUUGCAAAUUCUGUGAACAAUUUUUGAAACCUGAGAUGUGUGAUUCAAACAUGCUUUUAUAUCUACCUGAUGAUGUAUUUGCAAUAAUUUCUAAGUCCUUUUCACCAAGAGAUAUAUGCAAUCUGAGUUUAUGCUGCAAGAGCUUGAACUCUCUUGUGGCAUCUGAAAAAAUCUGGCUAACUCAGUGUCAAGUUUUGUGCAUAGUUCCUCAUAAGGAUCUUGUUGAAUGGAGAAAGGGUGUGUGUUCUUACAAGGCACUUUGUCGUUUUCUGUUGAAAGUUCAACCAUUGAUUGGAAUAUGGGUUCAUCAGAAUCCUGAGCUAGGGAACGUUGUAUAUGUGAUGCCUGGUUUUGUUUCUGUUGUUGGUUGUAGGGUCAUUCCACAGGAGCUUGGUCCUUUGGGUAUGGAAGAUGGUCCAAUUCUAUGGGCCUCUGUUUUUGAAGUUAUUGCUGAUUUUGAUGGUUCACCUAUGUUUUUCCUUCAUGGAAGGGAAAAGGGUAUUGAUUAUAUUUAUCCUGGUUCAGCUAGGUGUAUUGAUAAAUUUUGUAAUAUAUUGUUGCUUGAGGUUGAGCCAGAACAAAAUAAAAACGUUGGUAGUUUGUUGCAGAGCAAAAGCUUUGUGCAUCAAUCUGGUUUGGAGUUGUCGAGGAAGGUUAGUAGGUCGAAUAGUGAUAUAUGUAGGCCACAAAUGGUGAUUGGAAAUAAUAAUGAAGGAAAUGUUACCUUUAGCAAAUUAGCUUUUUCUGAUAGAAGAAAGUUGCUUGAGGUUACUACUGGCCAAGUUCGACAAAAGAUUCCGGAUACGGUGUUAGGACCAUUGUUUCCUAGAUUGAGGGAUGAUGAGGGAAACUUUCAGAAAGAUUUGGUGCUUUUGAGGGAAAGAAGAUCACAACUUAGUCGAUUAUACAAGCUUGGUAGUAGUGAGAUUGACUAUAAGGCGAAUUCUCAGGAGGUAGUUGGUUCAAAACAGUUAGAACUGGAUGAUGAUCCUGCUAGGGCUGUGCCUGAUUCUCUGUUCGGGGAGGAUGGUGGCACACAAUCUGUCAAGAGAAAAGGCAUCCACAGAUAUUUCUGGAAUAGCCUUAAACAUAUUCUAGGAAGAUCAAAUUCAAUUAAUGACAGUCAUUCAGCUUCCAAGAAGCUUACUACAAGCAGUGAGAAAAGGCAUGCUCAACUUCAAGAGUUUCUUAAAUCGAGUAACACAACAAGGCUAACCUUGAACGCAUCGAAUGUGAAACUAACCUCUUAUAGAGCGUGGCCGAAUAUGCACGACAGUAGGUUUGCACUUUACAAGCUGCCAUUGCGAGUUCCCAGUGCCGACCAAGAAUAUGCCGGUUUAUGGGGAGGUGCUUUUGGCUGGCCUCCAGGAAAGCCUUCUGAAGACAAGCCUGGAAAGGCUUUAUUCUUUCUUCUCCUCUCUUAUGAGGAGUUUCAGGGUCAACAACUUCUCAUUGCAACCAAAAUAUUAGAAGGCACACACUAUGUCUUGCACCCUAAUGGUUCGGCAAUGUUUAUAGCGAAUAUCAACGAGCCUUCGUCUGAACCCUUUCCUUGGAACACUGACGCAGACUCUUUGCCGGUGAAUAUCAAACAUGUUUACACCGGAGAGGGUAUUGCGAGUGGUUAUGGGUUCAGAUACCCUGGAUCAAAGCCCGGCUCGCUCUUUGUUUUUCAUAACGGUGUAAUUGCAUUCAUUUGGAAGGAGACAAGGGCCGUUUUGACCUUGCAAAGACUUAACUUGCAAGAACUUUUGAAGAAGGGUGAAAGAAUACCUUCUCUGCCUCCCAUUGCCAAUUUUUCGUAUCUGACAAAGUCGUACUCAAAUGUGUUUGCCGGCUUUCCUACCUCUUCCAAUUCUCUGUCUUCACCAAGGAAAGCACGGCACUAGUAUAUUAGUGGGCUUGAGACUCGAUGGUUUUUGUCCACUUGUGCUUACAACGGUCUUAUAAAGAGGGUUAAGCCUCGUACUUGCGAAAUUGUGAUUGCUGGAGUUGCUUUGCUUCUGGCUGUCCCAGAAAACACUUCAUGCUGUUGUGUCUUCUAGUUGCUGCUUAUUGAGCGAGACCAAAGAUCGAGAGUACACUACCUGUGAUGAAUUGUCAUAUCAUACUCUCUGUUGUAGUAUAAAUGGGAGAAAGUGUACAAUAAAGAUCCCAAUAAAGUUCUUCUAUACAUUAUGUAUAAACUGACAGAAUGUUGCCACUGUGGGCCAUAUGGUGAAUUGGUGAUACUAUUACUAACUAUACUAUCACCGUUUAAACAAAGUUGGCCCAUCGUGUAAAAAUAUUGGCUUCUAUUAAUACAGUAUUUGCUAAUUUCUUGGCCAUUCUUA